GUAGUCACAAGGCAGCGCCAGCAGCGGUGCAGGGCGUUGUGUUCCAGGUAUCUAGCAGGGCAGACGUUCAGAGGCACAGCAAUAGGCUAAGAAAUACGACGGAGGAAGCAGGAGACAAGAGGAGCACCACCCUUAGUUCCUCUUCAGCAGGCCAUGUCAUCAUGGCUGAUGACACCGAUUCUGCUGAUCGCGGCCCAAUCGCUGCCGACACGGGAGGCGUCAGCCGCAUGCGUGGAAGCGCAUCAAGCCCAGCAGCCGGCUUAUGCGUCAUCGAGAGCGGGCCCUUCUUUAUCGUUCCCAACAGCAUUCGUGUGUGGGCUCCCACAAAAAGCGGUGACUCGAGAUAAGAACCGGGUUGUUGAAGGUGACCACGUGAGCGACCGACAGCGAUGGGGACAGCGAAAUGGGAAGAGAUAUCGGCCAAGGUCGCGGGGAGUGCAAGCAACGAUGGACGUGGAUGGACCGCCGGAUGUUGCUAGUAGUGGCGCGAAGAGGAGCGUAGUUGUGAGGGAAGAGGUGCUGCGGCAACAGAAGGAAGGAGCAACGGCGGCAACAACAGUUGAAUUUCCGAACGUUCAAGCGCCAACAAACUUGCCGCAGCCCGGAGAAUGGCUUCAGCAGCAGCAGCAGCAGCAGCAGCAGCUAGGCGGCUUGCCGCCCACAGCCGAUGCACCGCUCAACAGCCGAGUCUCGUUAUCCGGGCUUUACGACGACGACGACGACGACGACGACAGCAAUAGCAGUAAGAAGAAGGUUAAGAAGGCAGACCCCUUCGCGGCCCCCGACAACGAGUACACCGACUCCUUCGUGGACUCGCUGUGGAUCAACCUCCUGAGCAGCCGAAUGUCCGCUGCGGUAGAGGCGGAGGCGGCGGCAGCGGCGGCGGCGGUGGCGGCGGCGGUGGUCCGCGCCAAGGGCAACGGCGACACCGACGGGAGGACCGCGGUCGCCACCGCCGCCCCAGACAGAAGUAGUGCCGGUUCUCUUGCGGGCGGACCGGCGUCAGCAGCAGCAGCAGCAGCAGCACCAGCAGCAGCAGCAGAUGCCACGGUACUGGGAGGGGAAAAGGCAGGGCAGGGCGGGGCGGGGGCGGCGAACGGUGGCGGGGGCAACGGUAGCGUUGCGCUAUCGGCAGCAUUGGCGGGACCAGGGAGGGCCGCGCCGGCGGGGGUGCCGGCGUCGCCGCGACAAGGGCCCGGCGGCGGCGGGAUGGGAGGGGGGUACACGUACGAGGACUACGUCGCCCUGGCGACCGGGCUGCAGGCCGGCGCACCCGAGAGGCAGAGGGAGGUGGUGCGGGGAGUCCUGCGCUCGGUCUUCCCGGCGUGGUUCCCGGCGUUCUAUCGCAUGCUUUUCCCUCCAAGCAAGUUCUCGGCUGAGGUGAACGCGUUCAUGUGUCCUCCGCUGUUUGGGUGGCUCGUGGGAAAGUCGGAGCUCACGGAAGGCGUUGUCGAUAUCAAGGCGGCCAAGGAAGGGGAGGGUCCUAGGCAGGAGGUUUGGCGGAACACCGUGAAGGUGGAGCGCUGUCGGUACCUGGAGGCGAGCAAGUGCAAGGGGACGUGCAUGAACCUCUGCAAGCUCCCCACGGAGGCCUUCUUCAGGGAAGACCUGGGUAUGCCGUUGCGGAUGACCCCGAACUUUGAAGACCUGUCGUGCGAGUUCGCGUUUGGUCAAGAUGCCUUGCCUGCUGAGGAAGACCCCCUGAUGCGAGAGCCCUGCUGGACCGAGUGCCUCAGCUCGAACAAGCAGCCGAAAAAGCCCCAGAGAGCUUGCCACACCAUGCCGGAGUCCCCCCUCAGGGGACCGUAAGCUGAAGUAGCAGCAUGUGUCCACAACUACUGUACACCAUGUAGUCAGGCGACUGGCGACAGCAGUCCACAGCCUCCGCGUGGAGGACGGGGGUGUAUAGGGGGGGGCGAAUUUUGUUAGGGCUCGCCGCUCUCUAUGUCCGCGGGAAUCGAUUCGUAUUUGCGCCGCCAAGAGGCCCCGGCGUUUGUAUUAUUUAAACUUCCGGGGUAGUUCGUGCGGCGAUGUCAAAAAGAAAAAACAAGACCGUGAAAAUUGUGUGGUUGCGUUCUAGACCGCGGUUGGCUGUGGUCUACUCAAGGAGCUACGCUAGUGUAGGGAAUAGUGGCCGUAGGCGAAGUGCGGCAGCGUCGGGACGAUGUAAGUAACAAGGAGAUGGGUGAAGCAGGCCGAUGAAAGAGGAGAGAAGGGGGGACGAGGGAGUGUAUUCCAACUUCAAAAGUGUGCAGGCGUCAGCAAGCGGCCAGAGCGUCGGAAGCGUGAGUGACCGCCGACAACGCUAUGUAGACACCCGCCCUGGUGUGCGCACGGAUGUGGGUUGGUGGGUGGAGGGGGUGGAGGGGGGGGGCGCUGCAUGUGCUAGCACGGCGUGUGAAACGGCUUGAAUUUCGAAAUUUCGAAGGCGGUGGCCCGGCGUCCCUGCUUUCUAACGUGGGUACCUCGACAGAGCUCCCCCCCCCGUUAGUGUUGCUCGGACACUGGUUGGAAUGGACGUGCGCAGGUGACGGCAAAUAUUCGGGGGGGCUGCAAUGCGCGAGACGUGUGGAAAGCUGCCGCUCCCAGCUCCCCCCCCCCCAUGGCAUAUCGCGCCGUCCCGGCAUUGUAGGGAUGCGAGGCCAAUGGUCUAAUGACUAUGGCACGCGUUUACAUUUUGUAGUACCCCCCCAUGCCCAGCACCACCCGGCGGACCUGCCGACGAAUCGAAGCGUCACACUGUCGUCGGUGAUGUGCCCACAGGGCACACGUCCGCGUCGAGCCAGAUUUUGUUCACACACCCCGUUCUCUCCGAGUGCGGCGUUUCCGUGCGGGGUUGCUGACCAGAGGGCGGCGACUGGCGAGACGGGGAAAAAACGCCUGGCCUGGUGACGGGGGGAUGGGGGUAUAUAUAUGGCGCGGGCGGGGUUCGGCGACAGCAAAUAUCAGUCGUCGUACGUUCGGAGCGUUUUCUCUCUUGGGACUUCCGCAAGGGCGUUGGUGAGGAGCGGUGCGGGUUCGAGUCUUCUCGCCGUGCGACUCGGCCGAGAGUUUUUUUUUUCCCGCAGUAGAGAUCACGUCUGUCCACGGCAGCGGCAGCAAGAAUCUCAUUGCCAUUUGUAUGACUUGCUGCUGCUGCUACACGUCCUCGGAGAUUAUUGUUUAGAUGAGUGUGUCGGCACCGAGGAGGGUAGGGCGUCCUGUUCGACAAGAAAUCGCGGGCUAGGCUAGACGGGAGGAGAGAGGUCGAUAACUCUAGUGUUCUCCACAUGCAUCUUCCAGGGAGAGAUUAAUGGUUUGAGAGAGGCCGAUAACUUUAGCGUUCUCCACAUGAAUCUCCCAGGAAAGGGUUUAUGGUCUGUUGUUUUGUUGGCGGUGGUGUCGGCUAUUGUGCCGGCUUGUUCAGCCAUCGGUGUGUGUGUGUGUUGAGCAUGUGUUGGGAGGACGGGGGAACGAUUUUGGAGCGCUCUUCUUCCAGGGGAAGGUGGACCUUCGCAGUUUGCUGGUCGUGGCCUAGGGAUCGUAGCCUUGCCCGCCUGACAGGAUACUGUAGCAUGGACAUGUGGUGGUGCUAUCAUCAUCAUAGUACAUUUCAGUACACACGAUAAGUUUGAUGAGAACGGGUCGGGUGGGGCUUGACCGUCCCCACCAGCAGAUGCUAGUUCCCUCUCUUGAUGAUACGUGGCGCGGAGUGCCCAGCGUGCUCGAGGCUACGCGGACCGAGUCCCUCUUAUCGGUUCAAGACAGCGGGGG